AUGAGAAGGAAGGUGGAGAUGAACCUACCGACGGCCGCCGGGUCGACUCUGCCUCAAUGUCAGCCGCAUCACACGACUUCAGAUCACUUUCCGUCGUCAAAAAACCCCAACCAUUUUUUUUUGCCAAAGGGCAACCACCGUAGAAUGUUUAAAACGCAACGGUUCUCGGCAAAAAAAAAAACCGUCUCGUUUUUGUGUUGUGAGCGACUUUACGACGUGGUCAAUUGCAAAGUGAAAGGGUGAGGUUCAAGAUCAGACGAUGGGUCAAAAUCGAGUUAGAAAGCUGGAAACAAAAGAAACUGUCGCACUUCUUUUUCUGAGCAAAGAGAAACAAGUAGCAUGAGGUUCGCUGAAAAAAAUAUUCUAAUUUUCAAAACCGGCAACAGAAACGUAUUUCAAGGCGUACUAUAAACAGUGAAUUAUUCUCGAUAAGUACGAUACGACGUCCUCAAGUUCAGUUUCGAUUCAAAUGAAAGCCAAGCGCAAACAACAAGAGUAAUUUUGGCACUUUCAAUGCCCUCUUCAUGGCUAAGUUGAUUGUGCAAAAAAAUGCUGAAAAAGUUGAUUAAUGACGUAAUAUUUUCCUUUCGAUCUUUUUUCAAUGUUGACUUUAGUUUCGAUAGAGAAAUCGUUGAUUUGAAAUCGAAAAAAGACUUCCAUAAAAAGAAAACUAUGCCAAAGAAAUGUGAGAGGCUGCUGGCCGAUAUUGAAAACAGAUUAUUAGAGUUUUUGUCCAAAUUUUUUUGAUUUCCACGAUAUUUCAGAAAUUUUCUUGAAUUUCUUCUUUCUUUUUAACUUUUUCAUUCCAAAUAUAUAAUUUGAAAUAGAACUACACAAGUUUCCUUCAAGCCCGUUCUUUAUUUUCAGGGCGAGAAAUUUUUUGACGAAGUUUUGUUUUUUUAUUUUUUUACAUUCCGCUUUGACGUCUGAAAAAAAUGAGAAAGAAUUUGGAAGACUUGGACUGCAACGUUUUAUUUAAAGAAAAAAACCUUUUUUUACUCUAUAAAAAUGGAUGAAUAAGCUGAAUAUGCACAACGUCACCAAAAAUCAAAUCAAAACCGAAAUCUGGAAAACUUCAUGAAGGGAAGAAACACAUAAGACAAUAAGAUUGAAAGUACUAAUGAGUUACAUUUUCCGAAAUUAAAUAAAAAAGUACAAAAUAUAAAGAACAUUUCUGUUAACCGAAAAGAUGAAGAAGGGCGCUUGGAGAAAAGUUCGACUCGCAGGAAAAUUUUCAAAUUGUCGGAGUUCAUCUCUUUCUACUUUGUCGUGACGCUGAGAUUUGCUGAAAGGAAUUUGUUUCAUAUUCACCGUUUCGCUCGUUCACAAAGUAUAAUUCAUGAAGCGGUGAUAGAGUCAAAAAUUUGCGAUCCUGACCAUCGUUGUCUGUUAAUCGAAAUGCAAAAAGGAAAUUUGAAAAUAAGUUUGAAAUUUUUUAUUCUGGCGCUCACCAGGGAACGUUUUUUACCCCCCGGUUGAACUUUUGCUGAAACUUUGCUUAAGUGUACUUUAGGACCUCCUGAUUCCAGAACAAGAAAAAAAUUUCUCGCAAUAGAUCUUGUUUCUGAGUUUUGGAGCUUCAAAGUGUGCAAAAUACGCAAAUUAGGCCAAAAAAGCGCUAUUUCGGGCUUUUGAAGUGUCCUAACUCGAAAACGAGAUCUAUUGCGAGAAAUUUUUUUCUUGUUCUGGAAUCAGGAGGCCCUAAAGUACACUUCAGCAAAGUUUCAGCAAAAGUUCAACCGGGGGGUAAAAAACGUUCCCUAGUCAGUCAAUCGAACGUGUUGUCUACUGAAUUUUAUUUAAGAGUUUUUCAUUUUUUUUAUUCAUGAAUUCAAGAAAAUUUAGCAGGAUGAAAGCUCUGUUGAAUGUUUUUCGGAGUCUAAAAUUUUAAACAGUUAGAAAUUGGUCACGGAGACCUCAGAAGAAAAUCACUUGGUUCAAAUGGGGAAUUUGAAAGGAAGCAGAUCAAAAUUGAGAAGACAAGCUUCUCGACCAGCUUCAUCUGCGUGAUUCAUGUGUUUGGUCGAGUAGCGCAUGAAUCACUAAAAUAAUCAAGACUUGUAUUGGCAGGUUACGGAAAGGUUGAACUACCGUGGGGCGGCACGCGGAGCCUGACGCGGAAGAGUCGCCGUCGCGGCCUGAGUCAUUCCAGGACUGGUCUUGUCCCUGUGCCGCUGCUCAUAAAAGAGGACACGGACCGUCUGUAAAGCACACCCCCAGGCUUGCUCCAGUUCUUCAUCCGCAAUGCGCCUCCAUUACAUGUCCGACACGUUUUUUCUCUUUUUCUUAUUCGGCUGUUCAUACGUUUUUUUGGUAUGUUUUUGUUUUACAAUCUUAAGUUCGCAAAAAAAUAUACCUUUUUUUGUGAAUAAUAAAUUUUGGUGUAAUUUUUUUUCAUCAUGCGACGUCCGUAAUUUUUUUCCGUCAGCGUUUCAAUUUUAAAAAAAUAUGUUUGACAGCUUGAAAAUUAACCGUUUUUUUAAAAAAAUUUAGUUGAUUAUCAUAAAGUCUCCAUUUAAAAAUCCCUAUUGCUUCUUAUUUGUUCAACUUGAAUCAAAAAUUUAUUGAAAAAGUUUACUGGGAUCCAUUCCACAAGAGCUAUUCAAAGUUCUUUUUUUAUUUUUUUCUUCACUAGAAAGAUUUGAAAUUUUUCGUUUUGACUUUACUUUUUUUACUUUGUAGAUGAGCGGAUCUUAGGCUGUGCAAAUAUUAGCGUUUUUUUUGACAAUUUUUUGGUCGCUUCUAAUUAUUUUUAGUUGAAUGGCCUUUGUCGUUUUGUAGACAACCUUACCACUGAAAAACUUGACCAAAGAGGAAAUAGGAACAGAAAAAGCAGAUGAAGAGCCUCUGUUUUUGUUGACAUUUUCUUCUUUCGCCGAAGAAAGCUCCUCAAACAAACCAUUUGAAAACAGUGCUUCAUUGCAUGGUUCCGUAAUACAGAUCAUCCCUUCACAAUUGAAGGAAAAACACUCCAACCAAAGUUUUCGUUCAAGCUUACAUGGUUCAGGAGUAGGAUCACCGUCAGCUGGGAAUGUUUGCAUGACUCUGGAGAAUCUUCGCCCUGCGGACAAUUCUUCUCAAUUCUACGAAUGUGCUCCUUUGGGCGACGAAGAGGCAAAGGAAUUAGGAAUUGGAAUCGAUGGUUGUUUUUGACGCUUCAGAUCGAAGGGUACGGUUUGGGAGAUAAGUAUCUGGGUGUUUGGCACAAACGCGACUGUCCCAAGGACCACGAAUUCGACGAAAUCAAACAACGGUGCAUUGAACGGAGAACAUUCAGAAGGUUCUUUGGAAGUUCGAUAAAAAGUUUUGAUGAAACUUGACUUGAAGGCAACAAGCUGCAUGUGAGCAGAACUCUCAAGCUGUUGGCUGCUCAAUCGGCUGCUCGGGUGAGAUUCGUAAACUUCCAUAAAUUGAAAAAAAUGAGGGUUGAGAGGCGACAACGAUACCAACUCUUGGGUCUUCUUGCGAUUGGAGAGCUUCAACUCUCCAGAAUGACCCAGCCAGCAACGCCUACUUCUUCCAGUGCUCUCCUACUUCUCCCAGGUUUCCUUCUGUUCAUACUAUCCUCUAUAAAAUUCUGAUGAUUACUCAACCUUUCUCGCCGUCAUUUUCUCUCAUGUUUCAUCAAACUUUCUAAAAAAUAAGAACGAGAAACUGAGCUGUCAGUUUAGGUUUUUUUUAUUCGCUGAAAAAUUAGAAAUAAUGAAACGCAUGUGCUGAUGAAGUUUGAUGGAUUUCGAAAUAUUGAGCUGUUAAACUUUUUAUUUGAAACUGUUUAUUUUCGAAAAUUAUUAUGUCAGAUAUCUCAGGCAAAAACAGAAUAUAUACGUUUCUUCAAAUAAUUUUCUAGUUUUUUUCAAUUUGAUUGGAGAUAGUUGUGAACCAAACAACGAUAUCAUUUCCGACGGAAGACUGUAAAUUCAAAAAGAAAAACAUAGUUUCAGCUCUUCGUGUGGAGAAUGGAACCGCCAGCAGUGCGCUCCAGCCACAAUAUACUCUCAGGAACUGUCGGUCUGCGUGCCGAUAAAAGUGCAGAACAGCUGCCAAAAAUCAGAGGUACGAUAUCGACGUCAUCGUAGGAAGCACCAAAAGCUAAAAAAAACGGGUUCAGAUGACGGCCGUCUGCAAUUGCGCGAGUACAAACGCUUGCCCCGGCGUCGCCCAAUGCGAAAACGUUCGUUUAUGAUCAUCAGAUUAAAGUGCGAGUUCAUAGGAAUAUACGGUUGUUUCGGUUACAGAACGUGUGUUGCCAACAGACCGAGACAUUCUCACUCAACAACCUCAUUCAGCAUCAGCCGCCGUGUGAGUUGCGCUGGACAGAAAGAAGCAAUAAUGUGUCUUUUGUAGUGUGUCCAGGAUCUUAUGUACCGCCGCUCGGAUCUUGCAACGAACAAUGUCCAGAAUGUCAGUUUCGAGUUCAGUUAGAAUAAAUUAAAAAAGCCUAAAAAGUGAAUAACAACUGUGGCUUCGAGAACAAAAAAGCUCAAAACUUUACAAAGGAGCAAAAUAUCUUCUAUUUUUUGCAAAUAACUUUCCAUUUUUGCCAGGAGUUCUGGUAAUCUUGAGGAAACUCUGAAAGUACUCUCUUAAGCUAUUUAAUAAUGAAUUUUAGGAGUCCACUUAUUGAAAAAGUGAUUCAAGCCUGGAAAUUUGGGGAUUCGUGAAGUCAUUUAACACUAAAAAUGAACCUAGGCUAUAGAAAUUAUUCAUUCACUUUUUUUCACCACUGGAGAGAUCUUUUUAUCUUUCUGCUUUUCAGAUUCUGCUUGUUCGCCAGGAAUUGGCUGUUGUCCAGUAGCUGUGAACCAACAACCUCAAGGAGUCAUCCCGAUUUGUAAGCACGCACAUUUUCCAAAACUUACCUGGAACUCGAACUUGAAGCUCUAUGCCCCGGAUCGUUGUCACCUCCAUUUGGAACAUGUGGCUCUUGCCCUUCUGGCACCAUCUGCAAUCAGAAAACUCAAAUGUGUUGUCCCACUCAACAGCAACCGUCUACUGAUAUUGUCUACAAAGUUGUGCUGCUUUGUCCAGGUGAGAAAGCAAAUAACUUCAUUCUGAAAAGAUUCAUUUUUUUUUUCCAAGGAAUAUGAGACAAUUCGAGUUUUACUGAGCUUUCGUAAUCUCUCUUCCCAUUCGAAAAGUUCCAAAAACUGCUAUGCUGAUAUAAAAUCACGGCAAUCACCAAAAAAAAAAAAACAAGGAAGAGGCAGAAGAAUAAUCAGUGUUCAGACGGUACCCCGGCCACUACGCCUUGCUCCAACGGAUGCGCGGCCAACAACGCUUGCUUCCAAGGCGCUUGUUGCCCGAUCAACUGUCCUUCUGGCCAGGUUAUCAUCAACAUAAUCAUUCAUAUCACUCAAAUACUUGAUGUAAAAAAAAAGUUGUGAUAAUUUUAGAUUUAAUCUUCCGUUUUCAAAAUUAUUUCUGUUCCAAAAAUUUUAGUAGAUCAUACUUUGACCAGUUUGAUAGUUUUUCUUUGCCGAAAUCGUAAAAUCACUUCUAACUAGCAAAGUUAGCGUGGAAACCACCGGAAAAUUCAAACUUGGAGUUGAUUUCUUGGCUGAGUUUCAUUUGACUCCCUACCUCAAAGUAAAAGUACCUUUUGUUUUGAUUUAUAGGAAAAAAAACCUUAUUUUUUUUCUGUUUCAAGAUGCAAGCACUGCAAAUUUGAAUCCUCAAAGACAUUAUUUUGAAUGAUCAUUUGUUAUAAUAGUGUUAUCACUAUAAGCAGAAAACUUCUAAAUGAGGAUAAAGUCCAACAAAAAAAUAAAAUUUUUUUCAGAACGCCGUCGGUUUCUGCUCCUCAGGAUCUUGCGGGAGCGGCUCGUGCUAUGCCAGAACGACCUGCUGCCAAGAGGAAAUCCGUCUUCCGGUCUGUUCCAAUGGUCAACAAUCACAACGAAGAUGCUCUGUCUCGGCCGAGUGUGGUCCUAAUUUGGAGUGUUCCAACGGCGGCUGCUGUCCCAUGCCAUUUUGUCCGACCGGAAUCCAGGUUGAAGCAAGUUAAUCGGUUAAUUAAACAUUUGGGGAGAUUCAGGCGACCAUGAGGUGCAAUGCUUUGCUCGGAUGUGCCCCGGGAAUGUCUUGCAUGGAGGGACUGUGUUGUCCUCUUCCGCGCUGUCCUAAUGGAAUCAUUUCUCUGGGUUAGUGAUUUUUAUCGUCACCUUCACAGCGUAAACUACCUUUUGCAUGGAAUUGAAGAAGACAUGAACUGAAUGGACUUAAAUGGACAAUAGUAAACUGAAGGACACUUUGAAGUAAAGAACCUUGAAAAGCUUUGAUUUGAAAUUGAAAAAAAAAAGCGGUUUGAUCAUGUUUUUGAUUUUUUCACUUCUUUUGAUAUACUUGAUAAUGAUAAUCAAUCGCGAGUUUCAAAUUCUUCUCAAAUUUAGGAACUUGCUCGAGAACCUUCGAUUGUGGACGGAUGGGUGUUGAAUGCGCCAACGGCGCUUGCUGCCCUCUGCCGACCUGCGCAAACAACCAAUUCGCUUCUCAGAGGUUUCUUUAAUGGUCAGCUAAUCAGUUGAUAAUGGAUCAUUCGAAGAUGCUCUACCGGAUGCAACAACUGCUGCCCAACAGGUCAAGCUUGCACCAACGGAGGCUGCUGUCCACUUCCUCAAUGUUCUGCUGGUGAUUUCUCUCCCCGACAAAGAUAACGAUUCGAUUUUUUUUAGGAGUGAUUGCCGUGUCAAUGUGCUCGGGAAGUUGUUCUGCCGGCCAUGAAUGCGUCAACAACGGCUGCUGUCCUCUGCCUCGCUGUCCCAGUGGACUGAUGGCUCAACAAAGAUGUCGGCUGGGAAUUGGUUGCCCUCCUGGAAACGUAAUUUUGUUUUUUUUUUCCUUACUAAUCUAGAUCGUUCUUUUCUUGCAGUUCCUGCUUCAAAAAUCUGUCACAAUUUACUGAAUUCUCAGGUAUACGAACCUCAAAAAUUAGACUUUUAAGUUUUCUCAUCAAUUUCAUUCUUGAAAAUAGUGAAAUUUGUGAUGCUUCUUCAAACUAUUCAUUGUAGCAAUGCGAGAACGGCGUCUGCUGUCCGAUGCCAAUGUGCUCUAGCGGAUCAAUCGCUUCUUCAGUUUGUGGAAUGGCCAACUCCUGUCCUAUUGGUUACGUUUGCGAAGGUGAACUAGAAUUUAACUUUUUUUUUCCAAGAAAAGAAGUUUCAGGACGCGGAUGCUGUCAAGAACCUCUUCCAUUGUGUCCGAACGGAGGAAGAUCUGCUCAGAGAUGCUACCGAGGAGCAGAAUGCCCUCCUGGAUAUGGAUGUACACCACUAGGUAAGAUUGAGUUCGAACAUUUCAACUUUUGGCUCCGAAAGUUGUUGCUUCCAAAUUUUAUCGACGAAAAAAAUUCUUUCUCCAUGUUCCAAUUAAAAACUGGAUUCAUUUCAUUUUAACUUAAGUUUGACAUUUUAGGAAAUCAAUGUAAGAUGUUGUUGAAAAAUAAAAAUUAAUUUUUUUGAAGGAUCACCAUUUUUUUCAUUUGGUCGAAAUUUUUUUCAUUCGUGGGCAAUUCAUAAUAGGAUUGUCUCGAAUUUAAACCAUUAGUCAGACUUUCUGUGAUUUUCAUUUUAAACGAAUUUUGGACUUUUUUUACGCUCAAGUUUCAGUUUUUACGGAUUUCUCAAUGAUCACUCGUCAUUUUUUCAAGACACAAAAUAUUUAACAUUGUAUUCAAUGAACAGGGGAAAUUAUUUCGAGAUUGAAAAGUCAAUCACCAGGUUGAGCGUUUUUUUUAAUGAACCUUACAAUUUUUGAAGGAGAAACCAAAGAAUGACGUGAAGGAAAAUCUUGUUAGAUUCAGAAAAGGCUGAAAAUUACAAGAAGACUUUUUUUUGCGGAAGUGCCGUAGAGCUGUUUACAGAGAGAAAAAAGUGUUUUCCUUUGAGCUCAGUUUGUUCACAUAGAAGAUCGAAACACAGGUGGCUGCUGUCUGCUGUCGAUGGAGCCGGUGUGUCCAGCGCGAUCGAACGCCGUCUGCCAGUGUUCGCCAAACAACGCAUGUCCUAAUGGAGCUUCUUGCACUAUGGGAACUUGCUGCUCUUCUGGUUUUUCGUCGUUUCCCAGUUUUUCUGAAAAAAAGUGUUCUUCCAGCAACCGCCGUCUUCAACCAGGUGCCAGGAACGACGUGCCAAGCUUCCAGCCAAUGCAACGGAUACUCAAACAGUUGUGCCCAGUGUGUACAAGGAGUUUGUUCUUGUGUCAAUGGAGCCGCCUCGAAUGGUCGCCAAUCUGUCCACAACAUAUAAAUUGCAAGAGGGGGAGUUCAGGUGCUAGCUGCUCACAGAUCACGCCGACCGUCUUGACUUUGGCUCGAAACGGCUGCGAUCAGUAUGGUUCUCCCUGCAAGUUCUUGCUUUCCACUGCUCGCAGACGUCCCAUUUUCGCUCCCACUGGAAAUAUGACUGAACAACCGUGUCAGUUAAAAACAAUCGUUUUUUUUUUUCUCGAGAAAUGAAAUAAGUAGAGAAAAAAAGGAUAAAAUGGUAAACGAUGAAGAAGAAAAAUUUUGAGUUAAGAGAAAGUUGGUUUUCUAUCUAGCCUUCAAAAAAAGUACAAUAAAGUAUCAGUUUUAUUUUUCUGUCAAAUCCACCUUAAGCUUCUGAACUAGUCUACAAAAAAAAUUUUGAGAACUCAAAACUUUUAGAAAGUUAAGACAGUAGAUUAUCGCUUCAGUAAAUAUUCUUUACAAAAGCUCGGGGAACAAUUUUAAGGCUCUGAAAAAGACUUUAAGGCCUCCAAAAACAAACCGAUUUUCCACUAGGGUUUUGAUCUGAUGAAUUUUCUCUCGACUGAUAAUUUUCAGUGUUCUUCAACGUAGCAGCUCGCAGAAAGUGCGUUUUGGAUUCGGCGGAAGUCGAUGCCGACAGCACCUGCCUACCCAAUGAGAAGUGCAUCGACGGCGAUUGCAGAAUGUUUGUCAUUUUUAGCCACCACAUUGUUUUUUCCGCUUGUUUGUUAAGGAAGUUGUGGCCCGGCGAGUACGGAUGCUCAAGCGAUCUGGAAUGUGCUUCGCGCUGUCCAAACACCUACUGCGAGAAGAAAAAAAGCGACAAAAACGUCGCGCAGUGUCAAUGCCGCAAUGGCAUGCUGCUCUACGGACGAUGCUGUAAGUGUUUUUUUAAGGAUUUAAGUUGAUUAAAUUCUCAAUUUACUAAAAAAAUGUUGCAAGUGUCGAGACUUUUUCUGAAAGGCAUUUGUUGAUUAGUUUGAAAAAAACAAAAGAAACGAUUUUUUUGUGAAACGAAGAAGCCACGGUUCAUUUUGAACUUUUUGAUUUGAUUGAAAAAAAUUUAAACUUAAUUUGAAGAAGAAAAAAAGCAUUUUCUUUUUUUAUAAUCAUAGUCCGAAAAAAAUUGUUUCUCUAGAAAAUCAUUUUAAACUUCACAAGCACUAUAUUUUUCUUUCACAGUUUCGCAAUGCCCUCAAGGCUUCCAUGAAUCGGGAGCCUUCUGUAUGAACGACGACGAAGACAAAUUCUGGAACGACGCUUCUGCUCAAGAUAAUUUGAAAGCCCUUCUGAAUGCCGGCCAAUGCUAA